CUUUCUUUCUGCAAUGGCUCUCAAAGCUGUUCAUUUCUCCCAUUUACGCACUCUCAAUCAAGUGCGAGUGCAAGCCACCAUGGUAGCAAUUUAUUCCAGCAGGUUUUCUAAAGUUAAUGAUGGAGGUCAAACUUCCUUGAAUUGGUCAAAGUUUCUUGUCAUUGGCCACAGAGGGAGUGGUAUGAACGUGUUGGAGUCAUCAGAUCGGAGGAUGAAAGAAAUCAAAGAGAAUUCAAUUCUAUCCUUCAACACUGCCGGAGAAUUCGCUGUCGAUUUCAUUGAAUUCGAUGUUCAGGUUACCAAAGAUGAUUAUCCAGUCAUCUUCCACGACAACUUCAUCCUUACAGAAGAAGAAAAUGGUGAGAUUUCUGAGAGAAGACUUACAGAGCUAACUUUAGAUGAAUUCGUCUGCUGUGUACCUCAAACAGAGCCUGCAAAUGUUGGAAAAACUCUGUUAAGAAGGACUGAAGAUCAGAGGAUUUUGAGCUGGAAGGUUGAACAAGAUGAUGCCUUGUGUACAUUGCAAGAGGCAUUCCAGAAGGUGAAUCCUUCACUGGGUUUCAAUAUUGAGCUUAAAUUUGAUGAUGACAUUGUUUAUCAAGAUGAAGAACUCAUCCAUGUCAUUCAAGCAAUCUUAAGAGUAGUUUUUGAAUAUGCCAAAGAGAGAGCUAUUAUCUUCUCAACAUUCCAACCUGAUGCAGCAAGGUUGAUCAGAGUGUUGCAGAGCACCUACCCUGUGUUCUUCCUGACUGAUGGAGGAUCUGAAAUUUACACUGAUGUGAGAAGGAAUUCAUUGGAGGAGGCCUUAAAGCUCUGCUUGGCAUGUGGGUUGCAAGGGAUUGUUUCAGAAGUUAAAGCAAUCUUAAGGAAUCAAAGAGCCAUAAACAACAUUAGAGAAGCAAAUCUUUCACUCCUAACUUAUGGCCAAUUGAACAAUGUGCCACAGGCAGUUUACUUUCAACAUCUAGCAGGAGUAGAUGGGGUGAUUGUAGAUAUGGUUCCAGAGAUUACAGCUUCAAUUUCUGAUUACAUGGAACAGCUUAAUGAGAGCAAGGAAGAUAGCCUCUCUGUCUCUGAAGGGGAUGGGCAGAUCAAAACACUAGCUAGGCACAAUUUCUUGCCGAAUCAACUCUCAUUGCUGCUAAAGUUAGAUUCCUGA